AUGUGCAGGUCGGGGUUCUACCCCAACACGCAGCUGCUGGACACCACACUGUUGCCGGGCUUGGAGCCGCACCUUAGCGCACUGGUCCAGCAUGCAGCGAGCCAGCAGAUCGAGCAGCUGGGCGAGCUGCAGGGCAAGCAGGGUCAGCUCCUGCACAGCAAGGAGGAACCGCCGUUUGAGUGGCAAGGGCAUAGAGGCGCCCUGGCCCCGGGCCUGCUGGACCCGGAGCAGGUGGCUAGCCUCCUCCCGGCCCUGGCCGCCCUGGACUGCAAGCCGCGCGCAAAGUGGUGGGCGCUGUACCAGGACGCGCUGGCCGCCAGCCUGGAGCGCGUCGACGUGUUCACACUCGCAGAGGCCCUCGAGGCGGUGGCCGCCCUGCAGCUGCCGGUCAAGGCGCCCCUGCUUCGCCUGGUUCUCAGCGUGCUGCCACCAAAGCGGGUACGGCUGCUGGACCAGCCGCGUAUGGCCAGCCUCCUCGUGGGCUUUGGCCACCUUGCCGAUGCAAGCGCAGGCAAUGCGUCGGCUUUUGACGCCCGUGUUGCGCGCGUGCUGUGGCACGGGGCUGGCAGCCACGUAGCCUCUUUGAGCAGCCGCUGCAGCGGCAGCGAGACCAGCGGUGGUGGUGUCAGGCCUAUGCGUGCCAACAGUGGAGGCGACAGCAGAGGCGGCGACGGCGGCAGUGACGGUGAUGAUGACUCCUGCUCAAGCAGCGGCGAGCAGACCGGCGCCAUCAAACUAGGCCAGCUGUGUUGCAACUUGCUGCAGGCCGCGGGAAAGCUGCAGCGUGCUCGGCCAGACCUUGGUCCGCCAGGGCAGAUGGUCACCACCCUGCUGGCUGGCAGCAAGCUGGGCUUGGCGGCCGGCUCCCUGCCUCCUCCUGCACUUGCGCAGCUGGCGCGCAGCGUUCAGGUUCUAGGCGCGGCCCCCGAUGAUGACUGGGUGAACAGGCUGCAGGACGCUAUGGAGGCAGUGGCGACCGGGGCGCGGGCGGACUAUCUGGCGAGCGUCAUCACGGCCGUCGCCAACCUGGGUGUCCGCCCGCGCCUGCCGCUACUGGAACGGCUGCUGCUGAUUGGCCCCUGCCAAGAAUUCAGCCCCCGGCUGAUGGGCGAGCUGCACGACGCCAUCACCUUGCUGCUGGCGGACAGCGAGCCAGUGGGGCCGCCGGCUGUGCCCAAGUCCAACGUGACGGCUUACCAGUGGGGGGGCCCAGUCGUCCCGGCCGAGGGUGCGGGCGACGCAGAGUUUGACGCUUUUGUGGACGCAACACGGGCGCAACUUGGCCCAGCAGACAGCCCUGCCGGGCCCCUCAGCACUGAGAGUGAGCCAGACCUGGAGGACGCGUUUCAGGACCGCAGAGCCACAGCAGACCUGUGGCGAUUCGCCACAGGCGACGCGGAUGGGGCUGUAGCAGGGGAUUGA